AUGUAUAAUCAGGGACCCCCGAGAGGCGCAACAGGACGGCCUGGGUCGGGUUACUAUCCUCAUGCAAGCCACCAGAACGUCUAUCCCAUCACCUACCAGGAAUCCUUCACUGCUGCGAAUACUCCUUACGUGACUGGCUAUUCUAAUCCUUUUAAUCCCUACGCUUCAAAUCAAUCGCAAUCUCAAGUGUCUCUGCACUCAGCAUCCAACGCUGGCAUCGUUAAUGCUUGCUCGUCUGGCCAAAUCCGAUCCCAGGCGCCUGCGCCCGCUUUUGCUUACUUUCAGCCCCCUCUGAAGGCGCAUGGAGCACGGGCAGGGCCUCAUCGAUGCAGCAGAGCUGGAUGCUCUUACUCGUCUCACUCGAAGAAAGACGUUGUGAACCACAUGAUGGAUAGACAUUUUAUAUACCCUCCAGGGUGGGACGAAAAAAAGCGGAAGAGAGAGGAGGAAGGACCAGAUGGGGAUGCUGCCAGUUGUAAGUUCGUCCAGAUCUACCGUAUGAAACUGGACACCCCGGAGGCCAUUGAGAAUUGGGUCGCAGAGCGGAAAAAACGAUGGCCAAGUACACAACGAAUUGCGGAAAAGGCACAGAUGGCGAAGGACGCCAAGGCUCGAGGAGAGCUUUUCAUGGGAAAGGAACUCGGCUCCGUUCGCACAUCGUUCUCCAACUCGGGCACUGUUCACGGCUCCAAUCAUCCCCGAAGUGAGUCUGGUCGCGGGCGAGCGCGAGUGCCUGGUCGUGCCCGUGGUCGCGGUAGGGGUCGGGUCCAUUUCGGCAGUAGGGUGACGCCACACCAGAGGGAUCUUGAUAGUGAAGAGGCUGAACCUUCGGUGUCGAGAUUCAAGGAUCCUGUCGACAAUGGGUGGGGAACCAGAGGACAACGAGUCCAAUCUAGUUUAUCUAUUAAACCCGCAAGAGAGCAAUUUGCAAACCAGGUGGAUAAUGAAGAUUCGAAUUCGGACAUGGACCCGAUUCUUGACGCUGUCUCGUCACGACCGCCACUGGACGCAGAGGCCAUUGAGCCGGUGAAGAUUUCUCAUUUAUCUGAGGCGGCUAUGAUGGUGGAAGAGGCGAUAGGAUUCGACGAGAACCCGAAACAUUCUGAUCAUCGGGUAACACCAUUCAUCUCGAGCCCUCCAGUUACUGAUAUUUCUAUUUCACUCCAGCCUGAACAUAAUCCACCGGUCACACCAGUGACAUAUUCACAACCGAACAAAAACACCAAGAAACGAAGAGUCAUUCAACCUCCAAAACCUCGCUCUAACCCCUUUGCUCUUACAAGACCCUCACGCCCACCACUGCUGCGCUCACUUUUGAACCAUGAUGUGCAGAUCACCAUUUCGAAUGUUUCCCAAGCAAUACGGUUUUUAGUAGCAAAUGAUUUCCUGCGAGGAGUGGAACUGAAACCAGGGCAAGCGGAGGAAGAGCAGAGGUCAAGGAGCAAAGUAGUUGUGCUCGACAAGCGCGAUUCUGGUAGUGCGCAAGUAGAUACCCCUGAGACAUGA